AUGGCUACAUCCUCUACACCAAGAGCGUUUUGUGAGUGUUUGAUCUUAUUUAACUACUCCGAAGAAUCCAUUUUUACAAGAGAAAGUUUAAGAAAAUGUCUUGCUGUGGAGGAAACUGUGGCUGCGGCUCUGCCUGCAAGUGUGGCAAUGGCUGCGGAGGGUGCAAGAUGUACCCGGACUUGAGCUACUCGGAGGCCGCCGGCGCCGCCAACGUGAGACUCGUCCUCGGCGUUGCUCCUCAGAAGACAUAUUUUGAGGAAUCAGAGACAGUGAUGGGUGCUGCAGAGAACGGCUGCAAGUGCGGAGGUAACUGCACCUGCGACCCAUGCAAUUGCAAGUGAAUAGGGCUCUGAAGCAGAGAUGAAGAAGAAGAUUGGUGCUAAUAAUAAUAUAUAGGAAGUUUGAGUCUGUGUCUAAGAGGCCAAAAUUAUGUGAAUCGUUUAUCCUCUGAUGAUGAUAGUGAAGUCUCAAAAGUGUCCUCUUGUAAUAAAAGUAGGGUGGGCAUAUGGUGUGGGUUUGAAAUGAUUGCUUUGUGUGUUUGGAGUCUGCUUCUCUGUACGGUACCAUAUAAAAAAUGGGUCAGUAAUGUAUUAACAUCUCUGCUGUUGCUUCUGCUUGUUGGAGUCCUGAUGAAAUAUUUGGGGGAAGUUCCUCUCCUUUCUUCUGUC